GCAUUACACCAACAAGCAUAUUCUAUGUGUAUUCCACCUCUGUUUUAUAUUCAAGAAACAGAGAUAAACAGAGUCAAAAUAUGACCCUUGAAAAAGAGGCUAACAGAGUGAUAAAAUAAAGGUUCCUUAACACUCUCGAAAUGGCUCAAAAUGGGAGGGAGGGAGUUUUCUACCACAGCAAAGUCUGAUCUGGUGAACAAUAGUGGCACUAGAGGCUGUAGACUUAUAGUUUUCGAGCAGCAUCCCUUCUCGUAUAGUUGCUACAAGGACCCAUACUCGUUCGCAACAGCUUGGAACCCCGACGACCAUGGUUUCCAUGCAAGAGAAGGCCCAAAUCGAAGGCUUGCGUCACUAAUCUCCCAUGCUCCCUCAGGUCGGCGUAAACGACGUCGCACCAAGAGCUCCAAGAUCAAGGAGGACCUCAAGAACCAGAGGAUGACUCACAUUGUAGUGGAGCGCAAUCGACGAAGACAGAUGAAUGACUACCUCACGGUGAUUCAUUCCUUGAUGCCUUUGUCUUAUGUUUGGGUAAUAAUCGGGGAGUUUCAGAGCAUUUGAUCAACCGAGCUUGGAGAGAGAGGAGGGAAGUGGAGUCAGAUGAGGAGGCAGAGGUGAGGUGUAAACAUAUAUAACACGAAAAUAUAGUGGCUUGUAACAUUAUAUUUUAUUAUUAAUGGUAUUGAAAAAUGCCGCAGAACGUGGGCCCCACUGACAAAUAAUUAACAUCAAGAACAUAGAGGCAGUAAAAUUUUAACGUUUAUUGAUAAA